AUGCACUCUGGUUAUGGCCGGCGAGGGCGACGUGGCGCUGGCAGCUUGCUGUUUCUCCUUGCCGUGGUGCCGCAGCGAGGCAGAACGGAUGGCAUCGUUGAUGCCGCCUACAUGCGAAGGCUGGACUGCGCCGACAGCAAGAACUGGACGGACUUCCGCCACCUCCUCGUCGCAAGGAUGGAGGCGGGUGCGAUCCUGGGCCGCGACCUGGGGCUCCAGGAGGCAGCUGAAGGCUUGCUCGCCCACGUGGACGCCCAGGGCAGCCGAGUUUUGGAGGAGCUCGGCCAGGAUUUCCUGGCGACCCUGCUUGGCCAGCGACGCGGCCCAAGCAGGUCCUGCUUUGCGGGGUACCAGGCCGCCUGCCUGGCGCGAGUCCUUCGCUAUGCGGCCGAGGAGGCGGAGAGAGGAGACGGCUUUGAGAACGAGAGGCAGCGGCAGGUGUACCAGUUCCUGCAGUCGAACUCGCUGUUCUGUGCAGACCUCUUCGGCAAGGAUGCGGCUCUAGAGUUCCUAAGCUCCACGAGCUGGCCCACGCGGCUUUUGGACUUGGAGGUCCACAUGCGCUCCUCCGCGCACCCGGCCGUCACCAAGCGCAAGGCGGAGAAGAUCCCGCCAGGGGCUUAA